GAUCGAUGCGUCGGCCGACGUCGGACGAGAGGAGGAUCGGGCGGAGCGGGCGGACGCUUGCCCGGAAGCGGCGGAGCCAUCGCGGUCCGAAGACGCCGGGUCAUGGCCGAAAUCGACGACGAAGUCAUCUUCGACGACGUCUACGAGCUACGUGAGGUGGUGGGAAAGGGACCCGUCAGCAUGGUGAGGAGAUGCGUGCACAGAACUACGGGUCGACAGUUCGCCGUUAAAAUCGUAAACGUUAAUAAAUUCACCUCACUGCCUACCCUAGGCAUGGAAGAUCUGAAGAGGGAGGCCACCAUAUGUCAUAUGUUGAAACACCCUCACAUCGUAGAGUUGUUCGAAACGUAUAGCUCUGACGGUAUGCUAUAUAUGGUGUUCGAAUACAUGGAAGGUUCCGAUUUAUGUUUCGAGAUCGUGAAAAGGGCAUCGGCCGGAUUCGUUUACAGUGAAGCUGUUGCCAGCCACUACAUGAGACAAAUUUUGGAGGCGGUUCGUUAUUGUCACAGUAAUAAUAUCAUUCAUCGGGACAUCAAACCUCAUUCUGUAUUAUUGGCAUCGAAGGAAAAUUCUGCUCCGGUGAAACUAAGUGGAUUUAGUUCCGCCAUUCAACUAAAUAAUGCCUCUUCGGUAGAAUCGGGUCACGUGAGCAGUCCCCAUUUUAUGGCACCGGAAAUGAUCAAGAAGAAAUCGUGCGGGAAAGCUGCCGACAUAUGGAGUUGUGGAGUAUUGUUAUACGUUCUUCUGAGCGGAAAUCUACCUUUUCUGGGCAAUAAGGAACAGCUACACGAAUCGAUUUGCAGUGGGCGGCUUAAUAUGUCCAGUUUUGCUUGGCAAUACAUCAAAGAAUUUGCCAAAGAUUUGGUAAGGAGGAUGCUGGUUUUGGACCCUUUCGAGAGAAUUACGGUGGACGAAAUUCUAAAACAUCCUUGGAUAAAGGACAGAGACAGUUGUGCCUCUAGAGUUCAUUUACAAAUCACCGUCGAAAAUUUAAAGCGAUUUAACAUUAGAAGGAAGUUAAAGGAAAUGGUAUUGUCGGCCGUAUCCAGUCCCAAAUGGUACAAUACGUACGGAGACCAGACCUACGACAGAUUAUCCACGUACAGCAUGGAAGACGAACUUACUUCUUCGGCAGGCGCAGUUUCCCUGAUACUGGACAGUUUGGAAGGCAUUCAAUGUCUGAUUGAGAGUCGAGAUCAGGAUUGGACUUAUCUCUCAUCCGUUUUGGAGAACAGACAACUGCACAGUCUCUUAGAGCUUUACGAUCAGAUCCACAUGAAAUCCUUCACCCCUUUGAGAUAUCCUUUCGUGGAUGCCAUCUCUGCCGUCAGAGAGGUUUUGGAUAUUCUCAAAGAAUGCCCUGUAGAUCUAGAGACUGAAGCUGAAGAACUGAGAAUGAUUCUUUGUAAAGACGAUAUUAAAGCACUUCUACAAGCCCAUGAUGUUUUGGCACAUGAGGUAUAUGGGAAAGAUGCAAUUCAACUUAUAUUUCCUUAUGUGAAUGAUACUAAAGAAAUGCAUGCCGAAACUAGCAUUGAGUUGGAAAAUGUUACGAGAGUACGACUUGUGCAGUUUCAGAAAAACACGGAUGAACCAAUGAUUCUUGUGUUAAGAAUAGACAGUGAUGCUCAAACCACUCUCCAUGUGGGAGAUGAAAUCAAAGAAAUUAAUGAUGUUAGUGUUGCUAAUCAAUCAGUAGAUACGCUUCAAAAAAUGCUGAGAGAUGCAAGAGGCAGUGUAACACUCAAGAUUAUUCCUAGUUAUUAUAGUGGUCCAGCAUCUUGUGAGUAUGAUAGGAUAGAACCACCACCUGUGAUAAUUUUCGUGCGUGCCCAAUUUGAUUACAAUCCAUAUGAAGACGAACUCAUACCCUGUGCUCAAGCUGGCAUCAUCUUCAAAACGGGUGACAUUUUGCAAGUGAUCAGUAAAGAUGAUCAUAAUUGGUGGCAAGCAAGAAAAGAAGGAACUGAUUCAACAGCCGGUCUCAUUCCUUCUCCGGAAUUACAAGAAUGGAGAAUAGCUUGUCUAGCAAUGGAAAGAUCUCGUAACGAUCAAGUGAAUUGCUCAAUAUUUAGUCGAAAAAAGAAACACUUUCGAGAUAAGUACUUAGCAAAACACAAUGCCGUAUUCGAUCAGUUAGAUUUAGUUACGUAUGAAGAAGUGGUAAAAUUACCAUCUUUCAAAAGGAAAACUCUAGUUUUACUUGGUGCUCAUGGAGUUGGGAGACGACAUAUAAAAAACACGCUUAUUAAUAAUCAUCCUGACAAAUAUGCAUAUCCACUUCCAUAUACUACAAGAUCUCCAAGAAAAGGAGAAGAAAAUGGAAAGAACUAUUAUUUUGUUACUCACGAAGAAAUGAUGGCAGAUAUAUCUGCUAAUGAAUAUCUUGAGUAUGGAACACACGAAGAUGCAAUGUACGGAACAAAGUUAGAAACCAUUAAACAAAUUCAUGCAAAUGGACAAAUGGCUCUCCUCGACGUGGAACCUCAGGCAUUAAAGAUACUCCGUACGGCGGAAUACGCUCCUUAUGUAGUGUUUAUAGCUGCUCCUUCUUUAACCAAUGUUCAAGAUACGGACGGAAGUCUUCAGCGGUUGGCAAAAGAGAGCGAUCUUCUAAAACAGGCGUACGGACAUUUCUUCGACCUGAUCAUCGUCAAUAACGAUAUCGAAGAAACGAUACUGACGCUGGAAAAGGCAUUAGACAACAUCAACAACACGCAGCAGUGGGUACCCGUCAAUUGGGUGUAUUGAUCACUCCUCCAAACGUUUUCUUACCGGCACCUUUAAUGCGGAUAUAUCUAACGUUGAUCGAUUCGUAUAUAUUUCGAUUGCAGUGUUUUAUCUUUAUAAAAAAAGAAGCAAAAAUGUUAUUCAUAUUUGUGUAAUAAGAAUUGUUGAAUUUUGAAAGAAAUAUCAUGGAUUUUGUAAUUAUAAACAUUACACUUUUCUGUUUAUUCUAUACCGAAGCAGCACACGUUUAAUGGGUUCGAGUGCAAUAUUUUGUUUACCCAUUCUAUAAAUUUUAUAAAAUUCGCAAAACGGUGAAAAAAUAGUAUUAAAUAGACGAUAAUUUUAUUCCAUUCGAUCGAUUCCUUCUCGAUAAUUGUUUCCGUUGUUACCGAGUUUUGUUGACGUGUCUGUUGUUUAUCUCUCGUUAAUGUAAUAAUUUUUUUUUCAUUUCGUUUCCCACGUAUUUGUAAUUUCGGAGAAAUAUUUUAUUAAAAGUUUAAAUAAAAACUUUUAGUUUCGAAUAAGUCGAGCAAAUCUUUU